GGAUUUACGAUACCACGCUGGCCGUACGGCCGUUAGUGUAGUCGGUAGUACGACAGUGCAGGUAACAUGUGAGAAGUUUGGUUUUGCUUUAUCAGACUUUAUUAGAGAUAUAAUAAACUUGAAACUGCUCGAGGCGUCAUGCACGAAAGGUCGCUCCCCGCCUCUCCCAACUGGUACUGCUCCCGCUGCAGUGAUGUCAGCAGCAGCGGUUUACUGGGCGUCGGAGCCAAAAACAUCAUCUAUUUGAUUGACGUGUCUGCAUCCUCCUGCAGGGUUAUAGGUGAGCUUGUGGGCCAUAAAGACUUUGUGUCGGGCUUUUCAUUCUGUCAGCAUGCAGGGCAGAGUCACAUCUGUGUCAGCUCCUCCAAUGAUGGGAGUGUUCGCUUCUGGGACUCAGACAGCAAGGUUCUUAUAAAGGAACAUGCAGCCCAUCAGAACCCCGUCGCAGCGGUGCACUGGUCUCCGGUGGAUAAAAACCUGGUGGUGUCGGGGGAUGAGAAGGGCAUUGUGGUCUGUCACUGGUACCACACAGGAGACACCGCCAGCUUCUUCCCCGAGCCCAGGACCAUCUUCUGCCUCACCUGCUCCCCUCACACCUGGAGCUCUGUGGCUGUGGGGUACAAAGAUGGGAUGAUCGUGCUGAUUGAUGUGAGCAAGAAAGGCGAGGUGACGCACCGUCUCCGCGGGCACGACGAUGAGAUCCACUCGCUGGAGUGGUCGCCGCUGGCCAGCGAGGACGCCCUCUACAGCAGACCUGAGGACGGUGAAGGUACAACCAGUGGAGUGAAGGGCUGCUAUCUUGCAUCUGGGAGCAAAGACCAGACAGUGAGGAUCUGGAGCUCAGCCAAGGGAAAAGGUGUGAUGACUCUGAAGCUGCCGUACGUGAAGAAAAGAGGCUCUGCAGUCGACCCCGGGGUCAAAGAGAGACUCUGGCUCCACGUCCACUGGCCGAAGGGACGACCGACACAACUUGUGUCCAGCUGCUUCUGUGGUGAGUUGGUCAUGUGGGACUUAACCAGGACAGGGAAGCAGAGGUGGACUCUGUUUGGGACAUCUUCGGAGGGUCAGAACCACAGCAGGAUCAUCUUCAACUUGAGUUCCGUCCACCUGCAGGAUAACAGGGAGCUGCUCGUCAGCACCUCCAUGGACAGAGAGAUUAAAUGCUGGGACCUGGCCUCUCUGGACUGCUGCUGGACUCUGCCCACCCUGGGUGGUUUCGUCUACGCCCUGACCUUCUCCCCUGUGGGUGCAGGGUGUCUGGCGCUGGGCGUCGGUGACAACAUGAUCCGGGUGUGGAACACACUGACCACCCAGAACCAGUACGACACCAGGUCCUUCUGGCAGGGCAUCAAGUCAAAGGUCACAGCGCUGGCGUGGCACCCAAAAAAAGAAGGAUCCUUGUCGUUUGGAACAGAUGAUGGUAAAGUUGGUAUCUACGAUGUCUUCUCAAACAAACCUCCUCAAAUAUCGAGCUCCUAUCAUCGAAAAACAGUGUACACAUUGGCCUGGGGACCCCCAGUCCCCCCGAUGUCAUUUGGUGCAGCAGGAGGAAAGCCGUCCUACAGCCUGUACAGCUGCGCCGGCGAAGGCGUCAUCCUGCAACACGAUCCGUCUAAGCUGAGCGGGGAGGCGUCAGACAUCGACAAGCUGAUCCGAGACACCAACAACAUCAAGCACAAGCUGUCUCCGCACACCGACCUCAGCUGGAAGCCAGAUGGGAAAGUGGUUGCCAUCGGCAACGAGGACGGGUGUAUUGAUGUGUAUCAGGCUCCCAGUCUGAAGCUGCUGUGCAGCAUCCAGCAGCACCACAAGAUCAUCAACACGUUACGGUGGCAUUACGACCACAGCUCUCCGCCAGAGCUGCACUGCCUCCUGGCCUCGGGCUCCAGCAAUGCCACCGUCUACGUUCACGAUCUCCGCUCCGUCAUAGAGAAUCCUCCAGAGAGCCCUGUGGUGUUGACGGAGCCAUAUCGCAGGCUGUGUGGACAUACAGCUAAAAUCACCGGCAUGGCCUGGAGUCCACACCAUGACGCCCGGCUGGUCACAGUCUCAUAUGAUGGCACAGCCCAGGUGUGGGAGGUGGUGCAGGAGGAGGCUGUCUCUAACUACCGGGGUCAUGUUGGUUAUCUGCUGUGCGUGGACUGGUCACCUGUCGAUCCGGAUGUGAUCUGGACUGGAGGGAAGGACUUCACCCUGCAGGAGUGGAGAGUUUCCAAACAACAGUUUAAAAAGCCACCUAAAGGGAAAAAGAUGGUCGACCUGAAAGAGAAGAUGAAGACCAAUACCAAGCAGAAGAAGAAGAACAAGAAGGCGUCGAGUGUCGGAGGAGCCGCACCGCUAGAGAUGAACGGAGAGACAGUAACAGGCGGAGAGAAGGCAGCGAUGGGACAGGAGCUGUCUGGUGAAGAUGAGGAAGAUGAAGUCAGCUCAACAAACAGUCCUGUACCUCCACCAGCCACUUUUGAGAUGCAAAGAAAAUCCUCAACUGCCACAAAAAGCAAAGACAAACCCGACUUGCUGAAGAAGAAGAAGCCUCGCUCAAUGUUGCCCAUCAGUACCUCCAUGGACCAUCGGCCCAAAGAGGACCUGCUGCAAGACUGCAUCACUCUGGCCUCUGUCAAACACAGCAGUGCGCCCCCUGCAGGCUGUGUCCCAGGCCAGGGAGAGCACAUCCAUCUGGGCCUCUUCUCAGACAGACUGGCCCUCUACCGCAUGUUUGAAGCUGAAGAGGAGGGUCAUGUGGAGGCGGGUCACUACGACUCUGUUGUGUACCUGCGGCUGUGGAGUGGAGACCUGGAGGGGGCGCUGCAGCUCGCCACAGAGAAAGGAGAGCUGAAUGACCACCUGCUCUCCGUCGCUCCUAUGGCUGGGUUCGAGGUGUGGAGCCGAACAGUUGAGGCCUUCAUCAAGCAGCUGUGUCUGCAGGAGCAGUACCUGAAGGCGGCCUCCCACCUGCUGUCAAUCAACAAGCUGUAUGAAGCCGUUGACCUGCUGUGCUCUCACAAGCUCUACAGGGAAGCCAUAGCUCUGGUCAAAGCCAGGCUGCCGGCAGACGAGCCCGUCCUGAAGGAGCUCUACACCUGCUGGGCCGCCGUGCUGGAGAAGGAUGGACAUUUCUCUGCAGCCGCUAAAUGUUACCUGGCUGCUGGUGCCAGUUUCGAUGCUGCUAAAGUUAUCGCCAGGAAGAAUGACGUCUCUUCGCUGAGGACCGCGGCCAGUCUAGCGAGAAUCUCAGGAGAGGUCGCUCUGGCUGAGUCGCUGGCACUGCGGUGCGCUAAAGACCUGGCUCUGGCUCAGGACUGGGUCGGAGCCCAGGAGGUCCUGAGCUCACAGGAGAGCCUGCUGGUCCACAAGCUGCAUCUCUGCGUCGCUGAGCUGCUGGCUGUGAUGCUGGCAGACUCUCAAGCUGAAUCUCAGUCCUGCGUCUCCAGUCACACGUGGGCGUUGCCAGGUGAGUGUCACAUCAGCAUCCAGGAUCACGUGAGAGACGUGUGGGAGGAGCAGUUUGGCGUUUCACAAACGUCAGCAGGACACCGCAGCGUCGGAGCUCUUCUGCAGGAGCUGAAGUCUCUGGAGAGUCCAACACCCACCGCCAACGUUCCUCUCAGACAGGUUCAGCUGUAUUCAUCCCUCCAUCUGACCCGUGCUGUGUUGAGCUGGUUAUUGGACGAUGAUGGACAGCUGAUAAAGGAGUUAUGGCAGGCGGUGGCCUGGCUCAGAGACGCCGGACACGUCUGUGUCUCUGCAGCGCUCUGCAGGCUGCUGUUCUCUGACGGUGAUGUCAGUGUUUGUUCCAGGAAACAUCCCAAAACACUUCAUCACACAGAAGAAGAAGCCAAAGCUGCUGCCAGCAGUCUGCAGGCUUUUGUCCAUUACCAGCAUCUGUACGAUCACUGGUGGAGCAACUCCAUCCAGAUCCAGAACAGAUUUUCCCUCUCAGCAGCUGACUCCAGUCCCGGAGACGAGGUGGAGGACAAAGUGGUGAACGGAGAUGCAUCAAAGUCAGAAGAGAGUGUCUGCCCGGCGACCAGGACGUUUGAUAAACUGGACUUUGAUGCGUCUCUGCUUCUGUCUGAGCGUCACGCUGCCUGUCAGGCCACUCAGAGGUCAGUGAGAGAGAUCCAGGAGCGUCUGGCAGCCAUGGUGCUGCAGCACAGCAGAGCCCAGGGAGGGCAGCUCGACUCUGGGGAGAAAGAGGCCUACGCGCCCACGCAGAGCUCCAGCACCAGAGAGUCAUCAGACGGCCAGGGGUCCGCUGAUGCCGGGCAAGGGCCUGAGUACCAGGAGACUCUGCUCUCUUUGUCUUCCAAGAUGUCAGAACACCAGAAACAGCUGGCUGACCUGCCUGACACAAUCAAGAUGUAUCCACACCCAGACGUUGUUGAAUGCUGCCUGGUUCUCUUGCACCUCAGCAAGUCUUCACCGUCUGUCUCUGAGUCCCUGCAGCAAGAAGCAAAAGAUCUGCUCCGCAAAUAUGGAACGAAUCCCUCUGUCCUCAAAGCCUCACAGCGAUUCCUCACCUGACUGUUUCAUUAGUAGACUGAAAGAAGCACUUCCACUGUACAGCUAUUUGUUGAAUAAAAAAAUCUUAAAUUACAA